AUGAUCAUGGCAAUAGAACAUUCCGGCAUAGCCAUAAACUCUGAUGUCAUCAAAACGAAAUUGCUUGAUAUGAGUUCCGAAGUCGGUAACCAUGACUCGGAAGUAGCAUUAUUGUCGAAGCAUAAAAGUAAGUUCGGUCAAAAUUUGAAUACAAAAGGCGAGAAACAAACGUCAAAUUAUACGUCAAAUGUCAAGAAGGUUAUAAAAUGCUAUAAGUGCAGGAAAAUUGGCCACUUUAAAAACCAGUGUCCUAAAGUAAAAGAAAAGCAAGUUAACGCAUUUAGUGCUGCAUUUUUUAAUAGUGAAUUUAAUAAGGAUGAUUGGUAUAUUGACUCGGGGGCUAGUAUAGUAUAG